AUGUCAGUUUUGUACAAGGAACAGAAUAUUUCGGGUCCAUUCUCGUUCCGAACCGGUUCGACCACUUGGGUGGCUGAUGUUAGGCAGGCAACAUCGGUCCCCGUAGUGAUCUUUGAGAAACCUCUAUCAAACAUCACAUUUGCAGACCUCUUGUCUGCAACUUCGAAUUUCGACGGAGACACUCUACUAGCAGAAGGGAAGUUCGGGCCUGUUUAUACAGGAUUUCUGCCUGGUGGAAUCCAUGUAGCUGUUAAAGUUUUGGUCCAUGGAUCAACGUUGACAGACCAAGAAGCUGCAAGAGAACUCGAGUAUCUCGGUCGAAUCAAACACCCCAACCUCAUUCCCUUAACAGGAUAUUGUUUGGUCGGGGAUCAAAGGACUUCCAUUUACGAUUACAUGGAAAACGGCAACUUGCAGAAUUUGUUACACCGCUUGCCACUUGGUGGUGCUCAAGCAACAGAGGAGGAGGAAGACUACAACAACAAUGGGAUACAACAAAAUGCUGGGUUAGAUGUUAAAGCCAGCAGUGUUCAUCUUGACUUGAACUUGGAGCCCAGAUUAUCAGACUUCGGAUUGGCCAACAUCCUUGGAACUGGUCUGGUGGAUGAACUUGCACCUGAAGGAGAUGCUCCUACCCUGAAAUCUGAUGUGUAUAGCUUUGGGGUUGUCUUGUUUGAGCUGAUUACAGGGAAAAGACCAGUUGGGGAUGAGUAUCCGGAGGAGGAAGAAACAAAUUUAGUGAGUUGGAUUAGAGGAUUGGUGAGGAAGAAUGAAGGAUUAAAAGCCAUUGAUCCUAAAAUUCAUGAUGCUUGUUGGGAUUACCAGAUGGAGGAGGCCAUCAAGAUCGGGUAUCUGUGCACAGCUGAUCUUCCUGCCAAGCGACCGAGCAUGCAGCAGGUUGUUGGCUUGCUCAAGGAUAUCGAACCACGAGCUACACAAUGAGAAACAAUGAAAGUCUGAUUUUGUUUUUUUU